ACUGUGGAACGAACGACAUCGCAUGAAGAAAACAAAAAGAAAACAAACAAAUUAAAAUAAAAAAACUUUUUUCAAAAUUAAGUCGUAAUUAUUUCCGGAUCCAAUGUUCUUCGCAAGCUCAUCAACUCGUCAAAAUUAGCUGGAUUUUUUUUCUUCAUCAUCCAAGGAAGGAAAAGUCGGAAAGAAAGAGAAAAAAAGAAGAACACUUUCUGAAAUCCCGAAAGGAAUUCGCGGUCGCAGCGAUUUCUCUGAUGAAUGUGGGUCUUUGCAUGGACAAUCGAUUUUUGAGCUUCGCAAGGACUCGAAGGCAUUGUUAAAAUGUACAGGACAGUGGAUACUUCUGCGGCCACGACUACAACAACAGAGAGUGUGGAUUAUGUUGUAAAUUUGGAUCAAAUUCCACGCUGGAGUGAUGCAGAACAUAGGUCUUCAUUGGAAUUCGUAAACGAAGACCCCUCCUUUUCUAAUUCGUACUUUCCUGAUCCUCUGACUUCUCCAACUGAUGGGGAUGGUGGUAGUAAUGGAGUGGUUUCAAGGUUUCCCGUUGAUCAUGAGAUUAAUUCCAAAAUAUACCUCUGGAGGGGGAAUCCAUGGAAUCUUGAGGUAGAUGCUGUUGUGAAUUCGACGAACGAGAACUUGGAUGAAGCGCACAGUAGCCCUGGUUUGCAUGCUGCAGCAGGACCUGGUCUUUCAGAAGAAUGUGGAACACUUGGUGGUUGUCGCACAGGAAUGGCAAAAGUCACUAAUGCUUAUGACCUUCCUGCUAGGAAGGUCAUACAUACUGUUGGUCCAAAAUAUGCAGUCAAAUACCAUACUGCUGCAGAAAAUGCUCUGAGCCAUUGCUACCGUUCUUGCCUUGAACUUCUCAUUGAAAAUGGCCUUCAGAGCAUUGCUAUGGGCUGUAUAUAUACAGAGGCAAAAAACUAUCCCCGUGAACCUGCUGCACAUGUAGCAAUAAGAACUGUUCGUCGUUUUCUUGAGAAGCAGAAAGAUAAAAUUAAAGCUGUUGUAUUUUGUACAACAUCAUCAAUAGAUACAGAAAUAUACAAAAGGUUGCUUCCACUGUACUUUCCUCGUGAUAAACAUGAGGAAGAAGUUGCAUUGUCAAAGCUUCCUGCAGAUGUUGGAGAUGAGAAUGGUGAGACCAUUAUAGAUGAACGGAAAAUCAGGAUAAAACCUUUGCCCAAAAAGAAUGUUCCAAAACCUCCUCAAGUUCCUGAUGAUCCUCCUGUCAGUGAUGUACGGUUGACACGGAGGUUAGUUGAAUGACAUACAAUAUAACAAAUUUGCU